ACCACGUAUUGACAGCAGGAACAUAAUUCAGUGCCCAUUUACAACAUGAAUGAAUACGUCACCACAAACGUCAACUUGAGCUAAUCCUUCACUUUAUAGUGUUCCUGUUACGGUUUCUUCACUCACUCCUUCCAUAGCCCAUCACUAGCUUCCAGAUCUCUAUCUAUAGCAACCACUGAGUCCCUAACUCACUCUCUUCAAUGUCUCAACUUCAUUUCCUCGUCAUAUCAUUUCCUGCUCAAAGCCACAUAAACCCAGCUCUUCAAUUCGCCAAACGCCUCUUACGCACUGGUGCCCAUGUCACCUUCGUCACCAGCGUCUCCGCCCGCCGUCGUAUGACCAAAACCACCGCCAUCGAUGGCCUAAUCUACGCUUCCUUCUCAGAUGGCUACGACGAUGUCUUCUUACCCAGCGACGACUUCAUUAACUAUAUGGCUCAACUCAAACGCUGCAGCUCCCAAGCUCUCACCGACUUAACCCUGGCAGCCGCUGCUAACGAACGCCGCCCGGUGACAUGCAUCUUCUACAACUUCCUCCUUUCAUGGGUUGCUGAGCUGGCCCGUAACCUGCAAGUGCCAUCCGCUGUACUAUGGAUUCAACCCGCCGCCCUUCUUAACCUCUACUACUACUACUUCAAUGGGUAUAGUGAUCUCAUCCAUGGAAAUACCAAUGACCCUUCUUUUUCCAUAGAAUUGCCAGGACUACCACUCCUCACUUCCAAAGACCUGCCUUCCUUUCUCCUUCCUUCAGAUGAUAAUGCGUCUCACCCUCACGUUAUGCCUUUCGUCCAAGAACUCUUUCAGAACUUAGAGAAAGAAACCAAGGCAAGAGUUUUGGUUAACUCAUUUGAAGCCUUAGAAGUUGAAGCUUUGAGAGCAAUUGACAAGUUUAGUAUAGCUGCGAUCGGACCAUUGAUCCCGUCGGCUUUCUUAGAUGGGAAGGACUCUUUGGAUACUUCAUUUGGUGGAGAUAUGAUGAUCAGUAGCUCGAGGGAUUACAUGGAUUGGUUGAAUUCAAAGCCGGAAGCAUCAGUAGUUUAUGUAUCUUUUGGAACCACGUCGGUGUUAUCGGAGGAUCAGGUGAGGGAGAUCGCGAAUGGGUUAUUAGGAAGCCGGCGACCCUUCUUGUGGGUCAUCCGGCCACCUAAUGGAAAAGAAGAAGUUGAGAUAGUGGAGAACAUGGAAGAGUUAAAGAAAUCUGGAAUGAUGGUCCCUUGGUGUUCACAGGUGGAGGUUCUUUGUCACCCUUCAAUUGGAUGCUUUGUGACACACUGUGGUUGGAAUUCGACGUUGGAGGGUUUGGUUGCCGGAGUUCCGAUGGUGAUGUUUCCCCAGUGGUCGGAUCAAGCGACGAAUGCGAAACUGAUCAAGGAUGUUUGGAAGACAGGUUUGAGGUUGGAUUUGAAUGAGGAAGGGUUGGUUGAAGGAGAUGAGAUUAAGAGGUGUGUGGAAAUAGUGAUGGAAAGAGGAGAAAGUGGUGAAGAGAUGAGAAGGAACGCUAAGAGAUGGAAAGAGUUGGCAAGGGAGGCUGUGAUGGACGGUGGUUCGUCGGAUAAGAACCUUCAAGCAUUAGUUGAUGAGGUUCGUUUGAUUGUUGCAGAGCCUGCCUUAUAAUGUGAGAAGAAAUUGGAACAUUUGGAUGCUUUGGUUCGUAUAAAGUGUAUGGUCAAAAAUGACCCACUGAAUGAUAGGCGGUGGAAAAGAAUUUUCUUCGUA